AUUUCCAGAUUUCCAGCCCAAUCUGGCAGCACCGGCUGAGUUACGUUUCGGCCAGUGUUGCCAGAUUGGGUGGGAAAUCGUGCCUAAUGUGGCCAAACUGAAGCAUUACUUCCAUCCAACACGACUCGAAUGCACCAUGCGCAGCUAGUCGGAUAGCCGGAGAGGUGGCUCGUUGUCUUGGGACCAAACCGUAGCUUGUUGUUGACUUAUUGCUUAAAAACAAACAUGAGCAUGCGCCCGAGUGGAUGGAUGUCUCCGUAAAACCGGGAAGAAAUCGCGUGUCUGUCAUGCUCACUCCACAAACCUCCCAGAUGGACGGGGCUCCCCCCCUCCCCGCCCCUCCCCUCUCCUCUCCGGGUCGUGGAUGGGACCUCGGAGCACCCUGGCUGGUCAGGGACCAUAAUAUCACUCAACGUGACCAUGACGAGGCCAGUCAUCACCUUUACGUUAGAGAAGAAGUCAUUCAUCAACGUCAGGACUGUGUCGGUCGUCACCUGGACGUUGUGGGUCAUCACCAUCAGAACGAUGUGGGUCAUCACCGUGACAUCGACGUGGGUCAUCACCGUGACAACAAUGUCGGUCAUCACGCUGACAACGAUUCGCGUCAUCACUGUGACGAUGUCAGUCAGCAACAUGAAAACAAUCUAGGAGUCACGCCCCCAAACUCCACCAGACCACCCCUCCAGGACAGGCGGCCUGGCCUGUCGGAGGAGCAGCAGCUCCUCCCCCUCAGUCUCCUUAAGGAGGCGCUGGCGCCCCUCUGUCUCCGUCUGGCUGCUGUGGAGGCCGGGCUCGAACGCUUGUGGCUCCACCUGCCUCUGCUAGUCAUGCAAAGGGGUGGGAUUAUGCUGGAUGAGGGCGGGGCCAUGUCAGGGGGCAUGGCCAGGAAGAAUAGAACCAAAGGGGCGGCACCAUGCACGGAGACCACGGCCCCCGUCUCCUCCACCAGGACCUGUGUGUCGCCUCUAUUGAAACCAACGCCCUCCCGCCUGACCUGCAGGACGCGCCGAGAAACGGCAACGCCCUGCCUCACAACGGGAGGGCCCUCCAACCUGACCUCUAUUUUGCCCCCGGCAACAGUAACACCCUCCUUAGCUACAGGAGCACCUUCCCACCUGACCCGGGCAUUGUCCCUAGCAACAGGAACUCAAACCCUAUCAAUGGGAAUGCCCUCCCACAUGACUAGUCCAUUGCCCCUUAGCACAAGAACACCCUCCCUAGCAACGGUAACGCCUUCUCACCUGAACUGUAAAUCGCCCAUAGCAACAGAAGUGCCCCUUUUAGCACCUAGAUUGCCCUCCCUAACAACAGGAACGCCUUCAAUAGCGACGGGGAGGCCCCACCUAGCAGUGGGGUGUCCCUCCAUCCUAGUCUGCAGGUCGCCGCUAGCAACGGGUGCUGUGACGACUCAGAGAGCAGGUUCCAGCACCAUGGGGGAGGAGCUUAAGUCCACUGCGCUGGAAGGGGAGGUGCCCGCUAAAGGGAAGAGGAGGUGGUCUUUGAACGGGGGACAUUUUCAAUUGAAAAAGACUGCUGGUGGCGGCAGCAAGCCGAUGUCAGGAGAAAAAGGAGGUGGGUCCUCAGGACAGCGGAAGGAGCUAAAGGGAUUUAAGAAAAGAAGAGUCUGCAGGGACAUUCCCAAUUCCUGUCCCACUGCUUCAGGGGUAACGUCCAAUGCGACCAUCGUCCAAUCACAGUGUUCUAUUCCACCUCUCCAUCAAUCAAGUAAUAUGCUGUUGCCAUGCGGCCAAUCUCGGCUCCCCCUCUCGCACUGCUUAGACAAAUCAGUGAGCUCUCGCGUCCCUGGCCGUUCGUGGCCCAACGGUGCCACUCAUAACGUCCUGUUUGUUGGAGACUAUCCACUAUGCCAAACAUGUCCAACAGACCCUACGGCACAGUCUGACCAAUCACAAGACAUCUUGUGCAGCCAUUCAGUCAGUUACUCCGCACCACUUCCUUGCCAAUCUGAGACCUCUUCGCCACCUCCCGGCCAAUCAGAGACCUCCACACCAUCUACAAGCCAAUCAGGGACUCCCAUCUCCUGUUUGUUCUGGUCAGGCUCCCCCACAGACCAAUCAGGAUGCUGCUUCUUUUCCCUCCGCUCACCACAGGGCCGAUCACUAACCGCCCUCCGAAUCAACUCACCUCAUGUCUCCAUGACGACAGGCCUUCGGCUCCGCCCUCUUCAUGCUCUUGUCCACCUCUCGCCCGUUGCCAUAGAGACAGCAAGGCUUUGUCUCCUAGCAACAGCGGGCCAAUGGCCUCCAGAACGCCCGCUGAGAGACCGGACAGCCCCGCCCGGUCUGGGGAACGACCACAGUUAUGGAAAACCUUUGGCCCCCAAGUGCAGCUCUGUAAGGUCCCUCUCCAGAUGUUCCCGUCGGCUGAAGAGGCCCGGGGCUCACGGCUCAUUGGCCGACGGAGCGGCCAGCAGCACGGCUUCAAGCCAAUCACCGGCUCCCACUGCCGCAGAGCACCAACGGAAGACUGGACCACGGAAGACCGGACAGGUCACGCUUGACCUGGACCUAAAGGUCCGGAUCAAGCGUGUAUCUGAAAUCCCAAUCAGGAAGUCGAUGCCCAAACGAGACGCUGAGCUGACGCCCAUGGGCCUCCCCCGACCCAAGAGACUAAAGAAGAAAGAGUUUAGCCUGGAGGAGAUUUACACCAAUCAGAACUAUCGGUCGCCUAGCAACAACAGCUUGGAGACUAUAUUCGAGGAGCCACGGGAGCGAGGUGGGCGUGUCCUCUGCAUGGCUCACCAAAAGAGGCCACGCCUCUUAGACUUUAGCCAUGCCCCCAGGCCGAGAAGACGUCGCCUUGGACCAGCUGGAAGUGGACUCAUCUCCACGGCUCUGCUGACGUCAUCCAUGCGCUCGUCAGCAGUGACUCGCAGGCGUUGCCGUGCCAACGGGGGCCUGACUGGCGAUGAGGAGGAGGAUGCUGAUGUGAGGCUGGUGGAGCGACUGAGCGCACUCGAGGACUUUCUAUCUCGCAGCGGAUUGGAUUAGCUGUGAUUGGAUGAGGUGUGAUUUGAUGAGAUGAGAUGGGAUUUUACAAAUUGUGAUUUCUCUCCAAGACAUAUUCAUUUAAUUAAAUGUUUUAUUUAUUAUAAUUGGAUUGGUGUCUAUCUUUUUACAGAAUAUGUGAUUACUAACGGUUUUCUGUUCUUGCCAAUUUUAAAUGAUGAAAGAAAAUGCAAUGUUGUUCUAGACUUUUCAUAUUUUAAGUUGUUAAACAUCGAAGUUUGGAAUAUGGUAUCAAGUUUUCACAUAAUCGUGUUAAUUGUUUUCUUUUGAAGGUGCAGUAGGUAUUAAGUGAGUUGUAACGAAAGAGAGCUGAAGAGAGCAUCAUUUAGAAAUUAAAAUACCGAAAGAAGUCCCCUCCUUCUCUUCUCCUUGUUGCAAGUGUUGCAAUUCACAUAGCUGUGAUUGACAUGCAGGAUGGAUUAUCUUAACCAAUCAGGAAAUGGAUGACCUUAUAGAUCAGAAAUGAUCUGGAAGCUUUUUAGUGCAGGCGCAUGAACUCGAAACAGGUAUUCUUACAGAGAAGGCCAGGCCAUUUGUAACAAUUUGCACAAAAAUCAUAGCUCAGAUAGUGUGUGAAAACGGCCAACGGCCACGGCCAGAUGGCCUAGUGUGAGUGCACCCUUCACACUGGCAGAUUUGAGCACGGUUAGGUGUGAAAACGGCCAAGGCCACGGCCAGAUGGCCUAGUGUGAGUGCACCCUUAAAACGUUCCUACAGCACCUUUUUAAAGGUACAAUAUGUAACCUAAACAUCAAGCCGUUCAAUUAGAAGUACAGUCCCAAUUCAUCCUAUUUGAGCUCACGCCGAUUGCAAGGUGGUGUGUUCAGGGACACUGAACACACAAGAGCAAGACGAGCCAAGCGCUACAUUAUUCUUUGACAAUGACAAGCAACGACGAGUCCUACACUGGAAGGUGAUCCGCUAAUGGAUACGUGUUUCAUUUAUUUAUUGUUUGCAAAUUAUAAACCAGUUUAUGUGGCAUCCGUCUUGAAAACCUUCUCGGCUUCUAAGUUGUCUCCAUCUGUCAAAUGUGUUGUCAAGCUGUUGUCAUGGGGCUUCUUGGAAAGAGGCCGAGUCUUUUUAGGUGUGGUAGAUUCCAGUAUAGUCUCAGUUGAUCCAGUUGGAAAAGCCAGUACUUGGAUUUACAUGUUUCCUUUAUCUCUGAUGCAUAUCAUGGUCAUUGUAUGAUGGAGUACAGUACAUUUGUAACAUAUAGCUCCUUUAACAAAUAAUAUAUUUUUAUAAUUAACUAAAAGAAGGAUCUGUGAUUUUUUAAUAGCAUAUACUUUUUUUUAUAAUUGUAUAUAAAGAUUUGGAAAUACGUUUUUUACAUGCAUACACAUUUUGAUUAAUUGUAAAUGUUUAUUGUUUAACAAUGAAUUAUAGUUGCUGUUGAGAACACUACUGAAGUCAGGGUUGUAGUAAACCAUAAAGAGUACAAUUCUGUGACCAGAUUUUGUAGAAAUUUAUAAAAUAAAAUAAUAUAUCAGAGAUUGUUGAAUUACUGUAUAAUCCCAUGAAAAUCUGAAUGGUUGUGUUUUCAAAACCUUAGAAUGAGCCUUUAUACACGGGGAACUGGUCUUCUACCAAGGAUUGUGCAACACCAUGUUUCUACUGUACUCUGACAAUGACCGCGUGUUGGAAGUAGGCUACCUCCUAGCCCCUGACAUGCCAACAUAGUCCACCAUAGAUCUCCUAAAUUGAGAGAGGUCGGGGUAUUCAGUUGGUCGCAAUUUACGACCUUACUGGUCGCUGCCACUGAGGCCUGCACCCUGCAGCCAUACUUAAAAAAAAAAAACGAACUAGUUAACAAUGUUAACCAACACUCAUUUGUACAUUUGCUAGAGACGAGGUGUUUGAACUGGUAUGACUGGUUACUGCAUUCUAAAUAUCUAUUUGCAUAGAUCUCCAUCGAGAAAGAUUUUAUAUUACAGUGUGAUAGGAUAGGAAUGUAGUCAGUCUUGUGUGAUGAAAAACAUUUUGUCGGGUUUUCGCCAAUAAAAGUUUUCUAAUAAAAUAUCGACAACUUCUUCCCUUCUUCUUGCUCCGGGAACCGUGUACUGGGACUACACCGAGCUCCUAGGAAGAAAGGCUGCGACUGGAUAGUCACAAAAUGAUGUCCUAUGUCCUUUCCUAACCUCUUUUCCUUGGCCUCGAUGGAAAACAUCUUGAUGGGAAGCAAAAUUACAACCCAAAACGUACUACCGGUAAUAAGCAUGAACA